UGUGUUAACUACACCGAAAGUUUUGGUGAAUUCAUUGAGGCAGUAGGCCAAUAUGGCCCUGGAAUGAAGCUCCCCACCUAUCAUGAGGUAAGAGUUCCUUGUUUAAAAAAAGAGGUGGAAAAGACAAAUAAAAUUGUAGAAGAUCAUAAGGUUCAAUGGAAAACGUAUGGUUGUUCCAUUAUGAUGGAUAAAUGGACAGCAAGGAAUGGGAAAAUGAUCAUCAAUGUUUUGGUGAAUUCUCCAAAAGGAAGUGUGUUCCUUGAAUCUCAUGAUGCUAGUGACUCUUCUACUGAUUCUAAUAAGAUGUUUAACUUAUUUGAGAAGACUAUCUUGAAAAUAGGCAAGGAAAAUGUGGUACAAGUUGUGACUGAUAAUGCAAGUGAGAACAAAAAAACGGGUGACAUGUUGAAGGGAGUGUUCCCGCAUAUUUUCUGGACUCCUUGUGCUGCUCACUGUAUCAACUUGAUGUUUGGUGACAUUUUCAAAGAGGCCCCGUAUUCUACAGUUUUUGGUAAGGCUGUUAAGAUACAUUCUUAUAUCAGUCAAAGGGCACUGUUGUUGAAUAUGAUGAGGAGAUACACAAAGCAAAGAAACUUGGUAAAACCUGCUAAGACAAGAUUCGCAACAACUUUUUUGACAUUGCAUAGUUUUUAUAUGCAAAAGAAAAAUCUGAGAACCUUGUUUAUGUCCAUUGAAUGGAAUGAAAGUGUCUAUGCAAAGGAAACUCUUGGGAAAGAAGUUGCGAGACACAUCAUUAGUCCAUAUUUUUGGAAUGACACUGUUCAAAACACUUAAGAGUUAGUGGUCCUUUAGUUAAUGUACUUUGUAUGAUAGAUGGGGAGAAAAAACCACCAAUGGGCUACAUUUAUGAAGCCAUGGAUAGGGCAAAAGAAAGUAUUGAAAAGGUAUUCAAUUAUGAUGAAAGGAAAUAUAUGAAUGUUUUCAAAAUCAUUGAUGCAAGGUGGACGGAUCAACUUCAUCAACCUUUACAUGCAGCUGGACAUAUUUUAAACUCGGGGCUCUAUUAUAAAAAUAAUGAGAUGAAGACUUUAACUGAAGAAGUGUGGUUGGGAUAUCAUGCAUGUGUUGAGAGGAUGAUCCUAGAUAAAACUUUGCAAAACAAAAUAGGGGAUGAGCUUGGUGUGUACAUGAAAGCUGAUGGGCUACUUGGAAUUGAGUCGGCCAUUAGAGCUAGAACCUUAAGGUCACCAGUUGAAUGGUGGAUGCAAUAUGGUCAUAAUGUCCCAAACUUGCAACAAUUUGCUAUUAGAGUGCAAAGUUUAACUUGUAGCUCAUCCGGUUGCGAGAGAAAUUGGAGCGUGUAUGAACAUAUUCAUACUAAAAAGAGAAACAAGCUUGGGUUAAAACGCAUGAAUGAUCUAGUGUUCAUCAAAUAUAAUAGAACAUUGGUGCGUCGCUACAAUGCUAGCAAUACCAUUGAUCCAAUUUUGUUGGAUAAUAUUGAUGAUGCAAAUGAAUGGUUAACUGGAGCACCCCAAAAUCACGAAGAUGAAGAAGUAUAUGAAGGAGAAGGUCUCACUUAUGGUGAUGUUGCUACGGUAAUGGUGUGGAGGAGAAUGUUUAUGGUUUUAGGGGGAGUACUUUAAGGGGCAAGGAAAAAAAAGUAGCUACAAGUUCAAGUUCAAAUAGAAGUAGAACUCUUGUUGAUGAGUCCUCCGAUGAGGACCAAGUAGAAGUAGAACCUUUGUUGAUGGCACUUCAAGAGUUUGAGGUAGCUUGACCGCCUUACCCGUCACGCAAUGGAGCCCUGGGUUACCGAAAGCGAUCAAUCUCUGGUGGGAGGGAGUCUUGUAAAGGGGGAGGAUCUUGUUGAAGAAUAGGAUUUUGCUCUCUUUGUGAUUUGGUUAUGCAUUUGCUUUAUAUGUUGUUACUUAUGAGGAUUAUUGACUAUCUAGUUACUUUUUAAUCUAAGUCUUUUGAGUUCUUGAUUAUUUAUCUAUGCAUAUUUUAUAUUUUAUAUUUUUAUACUAAAUAGCGCUUUUUCUGAAAAAAGCAUGCGCUUCGCUUCACGCUUCUCGCUUUUGUGAAGCGAGCCCCCGUCGCUUUUUUCCGCUUCUCGCUUCUCAAAACACUAGCUACAUCAAUCCUCUGUAUCCAUUCCGCCACACUAUUCAGGUUCCAUUUAAUUUCAACACUAAAUAAUUUGUCCUUUAAGGCAAACUAGGGUUUCUCUAAAACUAGAUGUUCUCUAAAUUUUAGACUUAACCCUACACAAAUUCCUUUUAAAAAUAUUCCAUUUGAAAAGAAAAUUGCUGACAGGACCAC